AUGUCCUCACGUGUUAUUCAUGACGCCGGGAUAGGCGGCAAUGCUCGUAGACCCUGGGGGCUACAGUGGAGGAGCUCUGUCUGGUAUGUCACACUCGGUACUAAUUCUUUCACAGGCGUUACCACCGAUCUGCUUGUGUACUCGCUCAUUGUACCUGUAGUCCCAUUUCGACUGGAAGCUCUUGGAUAUAGCGGCGUCUCGGGUCUAGUCGGAUGGCUGCUUUUCGCAUAUUCAGCCGGAUUGGUAGCAUUCACUCCCCCUAUUGCUCAGCUGUCUGAACGAUUCAACGCACGGAAGAUCCCCCUGCUGAUUGGACAAGUCGCUCUCAUCGGAGCGCAGAUCAUGCUCAUGUUAGCACCGUCGUAUUGGCUCAUGGUCCUAGCUCGUGUUUUCCAGGGGUUGAGCUCAUCCGUCAUCUGGGUUGUUGGUCUUGCGCUACUUUGUGACACAGUACCAGAGAAAACGGUCGCGCGACAACUCGGCAUUGCCAUGAGCGGCCUCUCAAUAGGAUUUCUUGUAGGGCCGCCCGUCGCGGGCGCGCUUUACAAUUCCUUCGGCUUCCACGGACCAUUCAUCUUCGGCAUCACUGUAACAGCCUUUGACCUCAUUGCCCGGUUGAUCUUAGUUGAGCGCCAUCACGCUUUACGCUGGGAUCCCGAACGUCACGCUACCCCAGCACCCGAGUGCGGUGAUUUGUCGGACCCGCCAUCAACAGCCCCGGUAACGAAUACAACAAAUCACGACGAAACACAUGAAGACACGACAGCGAGACAGUCAAAUGAGCCAUCUCACCUAUCGCUACUAGCAGUGCUCGGGAAGCUUCUGCGAUCCUCUCGCGCGCUGGCGACGUGCUUUAGCACUCUAAUCUAUGGGAUGAUCUUGACGAGCCAGGAGCCGGCGCUCCCUCUAUAUCUGCAAGCAUCAUGGCGACUGAACUCGUCGAAAGUUGGUCUCGUCUACAUUGCCGCCGUAGUUCCCACUCUAUUCUCGUCAACGAUCGCAGGCUGGUGGGUCGACAGGAUAGGCACAGGGCUCAUAACCGUCGUCUCCCUCCUCUUUGCGCUGCCCUGGCUCGGGCUGCUCAUCGUCCAAAAGUCUCUCGCAUUCUUCAUCGUCAUGUUUGCUUUAUCCAACUUUGCAGUUUCGGGUACUGUAUCCGCUCUCACAGCAGAACUAGCGACAAUAUCACGGCGACUCGAUGGUGUCGGUUAUGCGCAUGUCUAUGGUGCAUUCAAUCUCUCGUACGGCAUUGGGUCAGGGUUAGGGCCCGUAAUCGGCGGUCAGCUGUACGAUCACCUCGAAAGAGGUUGGAUGGCCAUCUGCCUUUUUGGCAUUGGGCUGUCUGUCAUAGCAAUUUUCCUCGCCCUUGUGUUCUAUGGCGACGAGACUCUCUUCACCCAGCUUACACGCAAUUUUAAGAGAAGUCGAGAGAACUGA